UCCCCUAAUCCCAACUGUUCUCUCAUUUUUUCUUCACCUCCUUACCAAAAACAAACACACACUACUAUUUGAAUAUCAUACAUUCAAUGUCUUGUCAAUUUCAAUUUAGUAAAAUGGGCAGACCACCUCAUUUUUCUCUCAUCAUUCUCAUCCUUUCAUUCAUAUUUAUAGCUCCGAUUGCAUUAUCGGCGACAUUCACAUUGGUAAAUCAAUGCACCUACACAGUCUGGCCGGGGAUUCUCUCCGGCGCCGGAACUCCGCCGCUCUCCACCACCGGAUUCUCCCUCAGCUCCGGCGACUCCUUCCCCUUGUCCGUCCCGGCCUCGUGGUCGGGCCGCAUUUGGGGCAGGACACUCUGUUCUCAGGAUCCGGCCACCGGAAAAUUCGCCUGCGCCACCGCCGACUGCGGCUCCGGCACGGUGGAGUGCUCCGGCGCCGGGGCGGUGCCGCCCGCCACGUUGGCCGAGUUCACGCUCAACGGCGCGGGCGGCCUCGACUUCUACGACGUCAGCCUGGUGGACGGGUACAACCUGCCAAUGCUCGUGGUCCCGCAGGGCGGAGGGAACUGCUCGAGCACGGGGUGCGUGGGCGACCUCAACGAGUCGUGCCCGUCCGAGCUGAAGGUGGUUGGCGGUGCCGGCGGAGCGGAAUGCGUGGCCUGCAGGAGCGCGUGCGAGGCGUUCGGCGAUCCCAAGUAUUGCUGCUCUGGCGGGUACGCCACGCCCGAAACCUGUGGGCCCACCCAGUAUUCGCAUGUGUUUAAGAACGCCUGCCCCCGCGCUUAUAGCUAUGCUUAUGACGAUAAAACCAGUACUUUUACGUGUGCUUCUGCCGAUUAUAUUAUCACUUUCUGCCCAACUCCUUCCCGCAGCAAGAAAUCAAGUGGAGAGGCAAUAGGAGGAGGGGGAUUAGGGAAUGUUUCAUUGGUUUCAAGCAGAGGUCAUUUAAGCACGCAAAUUUCUUGGAGAAUGUUGAUUUUUGUGGUGGCUAUUUUUGAAUUAUAUUUAUGGAGGUGGCAACAUUGAAUUUGUAUAUGUCGACUCCAAUAUUCAACAUACACCAAAAAUUUUAGUGAAGUGAAAUUUUUGUAGGAAUUGUUUGUGAAUGUGAGAAUUGAGAUUAUGUAGCAAGUUGGUUGAAGAAUCAAGGAAAAAGAGAAGUUGAAUUGUUCUA